AAUAUCCACAAUCCAGCAGUCAGACAAGCAGCGCAAACUGUUUGAUUGUCACCUGGAGCGCUAUCUGCACUACAUUUGGGGUCUCUUUAGAAAAAUGUUCGACUUGUUUCAUUCGCUGUAGUUUUACUGAAUAGUAGAAUAACACUGUUUAUUUUCAUUUUUGUUCUCUCUUUCCUUAUUCAGGCCCCCCCCUUUUUUUUCACCAAUAAUACAAAAAAGAAAAAUUGAAAUAAAGACAAACUGAAAGCUCAACCCACAUCCACUUGUCCCGCAGCCCGGAGCGAUCUCAGUCAGCUGCCCAAUGAAGCGACACAAGAAGCAGUGACCGUGCACGAGCCAUCCAGCCACCUAGCCUGCCUGCGAGGCUCCCCGAUCUGAAGCCAGUGCCUCCCUCAUCCCGCCGCCUGCUGGACGAGACGCGAGGGAGGAGGAGCGGGGCAGACACAGAGAGGGGGUCCCAUGGCAGGCACUGGGACAGUCCCAGCGCCCGGCCGCUCCUCCUGGCCUGGUUCUGCUGGUGCUCGGUGGGAUCCCGGUGAAGCCUCUGAGGGGGACGAGGAGUUCCAGAGCCUGAUGGAUGAGAAUGGGAUCAUCGGGCUGGAGGACAUGACUGAGGGCUACCUGCAGGAGCUGGAAGGGGCAGGGGAGCUCUCGGAAGCGGGGACCCCUGACCCGGAGGAGGGUGCCCCCAGAGUGUUCCCCAGCUCUGGGUUCGAGCAGCAGCAGGAUUCCUUGGAGGACCUGAGCUCUGAUUUCAACGAGCUGCUGGACUCCGAUCCACUCCAGCUCUUCAGCUCUCCAGACAAUGAGCUGCAUGGGGAGAGACAAGAUGACUUGCAUGAUGAGGACGAGGAUGAUGAGGAUGACUUGGAUGAAGAUCUCUCUGUUAGUCAGGGAGAGCCCCGGCAGCUCCAGCAGCACCAGCACUGGCUUCCAGAGAGGGACAAACAGCUGGACAUGACUGAGGACGAGCGCGAGGCAGUCGUCUCAGAGGGAGGACAGAGCGAAGGGGACAGGGACAGCGAGAGCGAAAGGGAGGAGUACCCGGACCUGCCUUACGACGGGCGUCUGGACCUCACUGCGGCCAGACAGGAGACAAGUCUGGAAGACUUCGAGGACUACAGCGAGGCAGCACACGGCUCCACAGGAUUCGACGAGGACUUCCUUCUCAGCGAGGUCGAAGGGAACAGCCCGGCCCGUUUGCAGGGCGAGCUGGGGAACAGACGAGAGACUUCCGGAGAGACUUUCUCCAGAGCUCAGGAGGACUUGCCGUCCAUCCUGAGGAUACAGAGACAGGAGAUGCCGACCACGCCUCCCAAGAUGGGCUUGAGCCAGACCCUUCUGAGCCGCAUCUCCACGGAGGACCUGGCGAACGGCCCCGAUAUUGAGGCUGAGACUAUCCCGGAGACCUCGUUCAGCGACAGCGUGGAGGAUUCGCUGGGGAACGCCGCGAGAGGUGACGGAGGCAGGAAAGCGUCGCCCAGAGGGAGUCUGGAAUCGGGGUCCGAGAUCGAGAGACCGAGGGAGAGCCCGCUGUUCCGGGAGGAAUUGCCAGCAGAUCCAGAAUGGGAAGCUAACAUCCAGAAGUCCCCGCCUGCCCCGUCUUCAUCUUCCACACCUCAUACGCAGAGGAAAGCUCAUUCCCCGCCCGCCAAACCAUCCGUGGUCUCCCGGCAACCCCGUUCCGUGAGCCCCGUGAGAGCUCGGAGACCCCAGAGGGACGGCUCGCCCAAACCCCUGAGCGGCCGGUCCAGCGUAGCAGCGGAAAACCUCAGGUACGGCCAAGGCCAGCUCAAUUUCCCGCUGCCUGACUUCUCGAAAGUAGAGCCGAGGGUGCGCUUCCCCAAAGCUGAGGAGAGCGGCUACAAGCCCCCCAAGGGCCGCGUGGCUCCGCGGAAGAGCUUUGCAGCGGCCGAGCCCCCCCUGGUGUUCAAAUCCCCCGCGGAGAUCGUGAUGGAGGUGUUACUGAGCAGCCCCCAGGGUCCUGCGCCCCCUCGCCGGCCCCACAGUCCCGAUGCCAAGGUACCUGAAGAGUUCAAGAGCCCGCAGCAAGCCACCGAGCUGGUCCACCAGCUGCAGGAGGACUACAACAAACUGCUGACCAAAUACGCAGAGGCCGAGAACACCAUCGACCGCAUGAGACUCGGGGCGAAGGUGAGCCUGUACGCUGACCCCCCGAAGCCCAGUCACAGUGUCCACAUGGGGGCGCUGCACCAGGGUUCGAAGGUCCUGACCCUGACCAUCCCGCAGCUGCAGAAGGCUCAGCUGAGCCAGCCCCCCGACCCAGCCCUGCUGAACUCGGCGUCUUCUGUUCAGUCAGGCAGUGUUCCUGAGGACUGCACGCCGACACGGAGCCUGGAGCCUGGAGUGGGACAGCGGCUGACUGAGGCUCUGGCCAAGCAGGCUGGGAAGUUUAGUCUGCAGGUGGAUUCUUUUGAAGAUCUCAUUCGGGCUGGAAAUCUGAACCCCUACGAUCAGCUAAAGGGUUUCGCCAGCCUGCGACAGGCACAGGAGGCUCUGGAGAGGGGGUACCUGCAGGCCAGAGAGGAGCACCGGAGACUGCAGCAGCAAGGAGCCGAGCCGGGAGACUUCGACCCAAACAGGGAGGUGGAAGGGGAGAUCUUCCGCCUAGGAAUGCGUCUGGAGGACUUGAAGGACCGGAUUGACCAGACCAUGCAAAGCCAGCCGUCUCCCGCUUUGCUCUCCCCUGAACCCCUUCAAAUGGACCUGUCCACUGCCUCGCACCCCCAGACCCGGCUCCACACCCCCGCCGCACGCACGCGGCGCCCCGAGAGCGCGCUGGUGAAAGCUUCUCCUGGCACAGUGUGUGUGGAGGUGAGUUCAGUGAGUGGAGACAGUGCAGGGGAGGAGGAAGAUGAAGGGGAGGUCCUGCCCCACGCCCUGCCCGAGCCACUGAGACACAAACACUGUGAGGUCGAGGGGGAGUUCAGCAACCUGCUACAGCGCUAUCACAGCUUCAGGGGACUGUCAGAGCUGAUGGAGCCAGGCCUGGGUUCCGAGCUCACUGCCUCUCCCCAGGAAGGAUCCCCCUCCCAGGGGGCUGAAUGGACUGAGCCAGCAGGGAGGUCUCCUAAAGGGGACGAGAGCAGGACUGCGCCACUGCCUCAGCCAAUGGAAUCCAAAGCAGCCCUGUUGGGUCAGCCCCGGGACCACUCUGUGGACCAAUCAGAGCCCCAACAGGAGGAGUCUCUCCUCCAGGACUCUUCAUUGCCAGGGAGACAGGCGAUGAGCAGCAGGGGCGGUGUUUCGAAGGGGGGCGGGGACGGGUCUCGGCGCAGCAGUGUGACCAGCGUGGGAGAGAGUGGCGCUACACAGUACAGGCCCUGGAAAGUGCUGCGCCACAACAAGACAGCGCCCCCACAGGAGCGCAUCGUUUCCCCGGAGACAGACAGCGGGUUUGUGGGCUCGGAGAGCAGCCGCUUCACUCCUGCAGUGCACAGCCCUGAACACCAGAGGGCGAGACGGCCCUUCACGGGACGAGACAGAGUGUUGAAGGCGCUCCCCCGUCCCGUCCAGCAGCCCCCCCUCUCUGCCCCGCGCCGCCGCACUGACACGGCUGGGGGGUCUGGAUCAGCCCCCAAAACGGGCCCCCUAACCCGAGCACGGAGGCACAGCAUGAGCCAGCCUGGGCCGUCCCGGAGCAGCGCCCCACAGCACUGGAGCGAGAGCGUGAGCAGCGAGUUCGAACCCGACGCCUACGCCACUCGCAGCGAGUCUGAGGGAGAAGGUCAGAGUGUGGGGAGGACGUACCUGAGACCGGCCAGAAAACUACAGUAUGAGCAGCUGCCCUCCCCCUCCUCCACGCCCUCUCCACUGAGGAUCCACACGCAACGAGGACCCCAGACCGCACACACGCUGCCCGCGCGACACAAGGCGAUCCAGGCCCUGCAGGGCGAGGUCUCCCGCCUCCGACACCUGCUGGAGGAGAGCCUGCACCGGCCUCACACGCCCCCCUUCAGCACAGCACCCCCUGCAAGCGGGAGGCUGCCAGUGCAGGACGAGGAGGAGGAGCCCAGGCACAGAUCAGCACCCCUGAGAUUCUCGCAGGUUUGUCAGGAUGAGUUUGAGGAGCCAAAGAGCCCAGCCCAGCGGGCGAGAUCCACGUCAAUCCCUCAACUCAGACCGGAGCUGCAGAUCAGCAGCGAUUCCGAUAACUCCCAGCGUGAUCCCCGAACCCAGUCCUCCAAGCCUGUCCCAGGGUUCUCUGCUUCGAACGACGAACGGAAGCACCCCAGGACUGGAACACAGGAAGCUGUGACAUUCAGGGGCCCGUACACAGGGCAGCAGUACAGUGUGCUGUACCCUGGCAGCUCUGAUCACAACGCGCUGGGGAACCUGACUGCACCCUGCCCCGACUGCAAUGGGACCAGCGUGCCCAGCGCGCCCAGCCAGGGCAACAGCAGUGUGAGAGCUCCCAGCGCCCAUCCCAAACACAGCUGCCCCCCUCGGUGCCCACUGUGCAGGGGGUCCGGGGUCCACAGCCCCCAAGGGAACACGGACCAGCGGGCACCAGGUGUUUCAGCCAAAAGAGAGGCUGGUUCCUCCCUCCGAGAAGGUCAGCGAAUGGGAGCGCCCCACAAGGAGCGAGGGGGCGUGUACCUGCCGUUCCAUGCCCCCCCUGUCUUCAGCUACGUGCCUCCAGUUCAGUUCGUGCCUUACUCCCCCGCCCACCUGUAUUUCUCCACCCCUGCUUCCAAGGCCCCGCCCCCUUCCCCAGAGUCCCGCCUCUACUUGUCGAUGGGCGUCGGCCUGCUUGAGCUGCGACCCGAGCCGGGGGUCAAGGGUCGGCAUCGGCGGUCACUCACGCUGGACAGCGCAGAGGUGGACGCUCUCAGCCGCUCCCUGAGCCGAGCCGUGGAGGCGGCGCAAAGCAUGAGGAUGAGCACCGGCCGCAUGGCUCGCUCGCUGACCACUGAGCUGAGCCGGAGCUCCGCGCUGCGCCAGUCCUCCCUGUACUGAGGAGGGGGCGAGAGGGGCGCAGCUGGAUUUCCAGGGCGGCUCGUGAACGAAGCAACAGAAAAAUUACCUCAGGUACUAAGGUUCUUCAGAUCGGGUGCUCCACAGCAGUGCUGACAGUCAGGUGAGGAUCAUUGGCGCAGAUCGGGCUGAUUUUACAGUUCAGAGUGAAACAAGUGAAGAAGCAUUGUGAGGAUCGCUGCUUUAAUUAGACCCUGCGCAGAACAGCGAUCCACGCAAACCCAAGCAGCUGUUUCUUCACCUGUUUCACUGUGAAUGGUGAAUUAGCGCAGUCAACCCCAAGCUCCCUGAUCUGUGGAGAGCUGGAUCUGAAUAAUCAAGUGACCGGAUCGUGCAGCUCUCUCAGGUACUCAGGAAUGGAGCAGGCUGUAUUCACGAAGCACUGCUGUUGUCUUGUGAAUACAGCCUGAUCAUCUUUACUUCUAUAUUCUUAAAUGUAAUAAGCACUGCACUGUACGUCUGUAUGCAGUGUGUGUGCAGACUAACUCUAGAGUUGAAGCUAACUGACAGCCUCUUGUGGGUGUGGAGACUGUAAGGUAUGAGAUCACUUGGGGUGUCAUUCAGUAUGCUGGGCUUAAUCUCGGUACGAAGGGAGCGUGCUCCUCGGCUUCUUACCAAUCCCACCGUAUUUUUAAUGUAUAGUGUAAUGUUUUAGGGUGGAAAAGCUCAUGCAGUAAUGUUGCAGAGUCUGUGUAGGCUGGGAGGUAAUGGCAGGGGAGCAGAACGCCGGCACGGCUUGACGUUAGCAAGAUCUGCCGCUGCUGGUACUUGCAGUUCCAGCGUUCAGACCAAAUCAUUUCAACAGGACCAAAUAGGACUUCAUUAAUAAGGACCAAUAGGAAAAAACGGAUCACCUGUCCUGGUUAAUCACAAGAAGCCUGCCGGGAGUUUUUAUCAGCGGUGAGAUUUUCAUGUUUUUAAUUGGUUUUAUUUUAUAUAUCAAUAUAUGUAUAUUUUUGCAGUGUGUUUAAUUGUAAUAAGUUCUUUCUGUGGGUUUUGUGUGCAGUGUUUUAUGUGUGUAAAUGUAGACGUUCCAUAUUUGAAUGAUUUUUCAUAGCAGUAGCACAUCCACCACACUUGCAAGGUGCAGCUGCAAUGUGAUUAUUACAGAUUUGUAUUUUUGCUCAUUUUAGAAAUUGUUAACAGGAUAUUUUUCUACUGAAUGGAAGCAAUAAGUAAGACUUGAUUUUAGUUUUUUUUGUAUCGAUGCAGGGCCCACUGGCCCCUUUUUUUUUUUUACCUUUUGUAAAAACAAAAGCAUAAAAUCUAAAUACAUGUUUUGUACAGCUUACAUUUUUGUAGAAAGUUGCAUCAGAUUGUUGUCAUCACUGGGGAGGUGAGGGGGACCUCAUUUUGAAAGGAAAUUGCCUUUUGGUGUAGUGAACCAUUUAAUUUGAAUGUAGUUAUUGGUAUCUUCAGCAGCCUAGUUGCAGUACAGUAACACGCUAUGUUAGGGUGUCGACAGGGAGAGACCCCUACUGGCCAACCAAGAGCACUGCAUCAACAUCCCAGGGUGCUUUGCAGGUCUCCCAUCCAAGUUCUAACCAUGCAAGCCUUUGCUUAGCUUCAGUCAGUUGGUUUGGGUCUCCAGCAUCACAUUACAGGUAAUAACUGCUGCAGUGCUCCCUGGUUAUUUCAUAAUGCACGCAUUGGCUUCUUUCAGGGUGAGGACAUCCACAGUAAACAGGACCUGAGCGCUACUCCGCUGCUGUAGAAAGGCCUGUCGCUGACUCACUGUUUUCAAUGCUUCCCUCCUUUCCAUGUGCAGGACAAACAGUGAGGCAGCACUGUGCCUGCAACUCCUCAAUACAUCAACCCUAAAGAAACGGGAAUGAAUUCGUUGUGAAUCACCUAAUCAAUGAAGUGAUGGCAAAAAAGGUGUUGAUCAGCUUUUCAGUCCACUUUGUAUGGAAGUGAAUUUAUUAGACAGCUUUAGUACAUAGGUACAUGUAUAGUACAGCUGCUUGUGCUUCACCACUUUGCAGACGUGUAAUCCAAGCAUGAGAAACGGGAUCAAGACAGACACACUUUGAUUUCUUUUUUUUUGCUCUGAUAAAUAACUUUGAUAUGAAUCAAUGACACAGUGGUUGCUAUACAACAGCAAAAAAAAAAAAAAAAAAAAAAAAAUGGAAAAGGAAAGGAAAAAAAACCACACGUCUAAGCAUCGCAGAGGGAAAAAAAACACUCUGUGCGUUUACAGCCUUUGUCAAAACAGAUAAAAGAAAUCAGGAAUUUCCAAAGCCUUUAACUAAUGGAAGAUGUUCCGGUACACAAACAAACAAACAAACAAACAAACAAA